AACCAACCGCCAUUCCUCACUCUGUCACUAUCGAUAUUACCAUCGUAGAGCUAUCCAAUUUAUGACACCCCUCUCAUUCUUCAAGUCGUUUUACGAAUGGAUGUCUAAGCCUGACCCAGGCAGUCGACCGCCGUAUGAUCCCUUCGAUGAGGAAGGGCAGGCUAACAUAGUCAUCCCUAUUGCUCUCAAUAACGCCGUCGUUCUCGCAAAUGUUUCCGCGAAUUGCGGUCGGAAGAGACGCGAGCUCCCCAUACCGCUCAAAGAAAUAUGGAACGACAGUUCAAUGCACUCUAGGAGGGGAUCUAGGUUUUCCUCGACAGACCGCCCCACUCGCGAGCCCAGAGGGGCAGUCGCAAGCACACUGACGAGCAGUGUGUGCGAGUCGGUUGGCAUCGAUGGCGUGCCUGUUCCCCCACUCAGUCUUAUGACCAACUCGCCAACGGAAAUCUUACCCUCGGACACAGUACAGACGCCAUCAGGCGAACAAAACAUCGUCUGCGCUCCCAGAGUGCUUUAAACUGUACGUCAUCCAAGUCUUCUCUGACGUUUUACGUUCUUCUGAUCCCUCGCUUGCGACUGUUAUCAGCCUCGUUUUCCUAUCCUUCCGUCAGCCACUUUGUUGUUACGCUAUUCGCGAUGCCUUACAAUAUGUCGUAUUCCCGUCUUUUCUCUCUAUCGCCUUUGGACAUUUCUCCUCCAUCAUUUCACGGAUUGGUUUCGCUUUGGCUCGCUGGUUUGCCGUUACGGUAUGUCUCACUCCAUAUAUCUGCUAGUUCCCUUCUUUGACGGCCAUUCUUAGAUCGUGUAGCAAUGAUUCUUCUGUUGUACGAAAACACAACAUGUAUAUCACUGUCCUCUUCAACGUCAACGUCUCCAAAAUGUAUAAUGGCUUCUAUGAUUUAAUUUUUUUUACUUGCCGUGCUCUCAACCCACGAUGCGUUUCUUCUGGUUAUCGACGUUUGGUUUACUUCGUAUCUCAUUCCUACGGUAUGUCUUGUACUUCCCCCAGACCCCUAUAGAGCCACAUAACUAAUUUACAUCAUACGGCAGU